CCUUCGCUGCUGCAGUGCUCUUCCUCUAUUUCAUUCUAUGAUGUUGCUGGCCAGCAACAUGUUCGUGAUGCUGCUGACGCUGAGCGCGCUGGCAUCAAUCGCGCGCGCAGACUGCGAAGCUUGCAUCGCGGGUCGCUGCCACUCCCGCAGACCCAUCCUCUCGGGGUUCCCCGUCACUGGCCAGAUGGCCAUCGAUCGAACUGAUAAUGUGCUCUACCUACAGCUUAACGGAAACCAGAACAUCGCCAUCUUCUUGGACGAUCUGCAGCACCGACUGGUUAACAUGAUGAGCACAGCAGGAAUGGACUUCGACCAAAGGUUACAGACUUUGUAUAUGGGCACAAAAAAUGGAACAUUCUAUAAGUAUAAUCUGGCUGGUAAUACAACGGUGGCUGUGCUACAGAUAAACAAAAGCAUACACUCUAAUUUUAUUAAGUAUCUUACUGAUAGGAAAGUGGUUUAUAUUGAAGGGUAUGCAAAUAACACUAGUGCAUUUCAUUUCUUUACAACGAAUAUGUUUGAUUUGCCUUUUACUUUUUCAGUAAAUUACUCAAUCAAAGACUUUAUCGUUGAUGGCGGUCAUAUAUAUUUCGUUUCUAAUAAUACUCUGUAUGUAUGUAAUAAUCAAAUUUAUCUUGGAACUGACCCACCGCACCCACCCACAGAAAUAAUAAGCAAGAAACACAUAGCAAUAUCUUCAACACAAUAUGAAAACGGUCGUGUUAACGACAUAUACAUUGGAUCUGCAACUGAAAAACUUAUAUACAAACUGAAUAAAAAUACGCAAGAAAUAACUAUACACGCUGGUUAUAAAUCGGUUGCAGUGCAGGAUUUUGUGUUCGGAAAGGAUGAUCUUAUAGUUUUCCGCGAUGAGGACGGCAGCGUCGCACAGUGGGUGCCGUCUCAAGAUCGUACAUGCGUUGUGGAACCACCGCACGAUAACUUCUUCGUCAGAGAGACGACGUGUGUUUAGUGAUCCAAAUGUCUUAAUAUAAGAUUUUCUUAAUAAUAUAUAAAAUAAAAUAAAACGAGUGUAACGUACAUGUGCGAUAUAAGCUGUCAAUUUGUUAUUGUAAAAUUAUGUGUAUGUGUCUAUGUGCUUAGUUUAUGUGUUAUAAAGACGAACGGGUAGUGUAUAACUUUUCUUCCUUAGUUUAAGAUAGUAAAUUAGUUUUGGUCCUUCGAGCCGGAUCAUUCCGAAAUUGGGUAUCCACUACGUGAGGUGCAUAAAGCUUAAAAAAUGCAUCGACGUUACGACCCCAGCAGCAGUAAAGCUAAGUAUAUUGCAACAAUGUGUUGCAAUGCAACAUUGUGCAACUCUUGAACAACAUAAUCUUGAUAAUGUUGGUCCUUGUACGAGUUGAGAUUGAACAAUGGGUUUCUCGAGGGACUUCCGUGCAGUUUUCCAAAAAAAUAAAUUAAUUAAAAAAUUAAAAACACGACUGCGGAAUUUUAAGCGAACUGAAAAGCUAAAAAUAAUUUUGAUGUUAGUUACAUAACUUUAUGAAUUUAAAUUGGAAUAUAAAUGUACACUUACGGUGAUUUACAGUAAAUACAAAGGUUUAUGCACAUUUAUGACGUGACUGUACCUGUGGAUUUUAUUUCGAUUGCAGUCGGGGGACCUUUUGAAUGGGAAAAUGCACUACAUCAAGGUCCCGCGACUGCAAUCGAAAUAAAAUACACAGGUGCCGUCACGUAAAGAAACUCACAUACAUACAAACAUGAACCCUGAAAACAAUACACUCCUUUUUUUGGGCAGUCGUGUAAAAAUAGAGACUCAAAAGCCACAUUUACCACUUUUUAAAGACUUUUCUUUUGAUGCUGGUAAACCUGGUAAAGGGAAAAUCGACGGCAAAAGGAGCAGCGGAAGGAGAAAGCUAACCUGGAUAGACAACAUUAAAAGCCGGUCCAAUAUUAAUGAUACUGCCAGUUUGUCUAGACUGGCACAAGAUAGAACCAAGUUCCGUAAGAUGGUCGCCGACAUCCGCUGAGGAUAUGGUACAACAAGAAGAAGAAAACCUACACGCCCAUAAAAUUACGAUUAAUCCAGCCUCAUCAAACAUCAAAUAAAUUGUUACCACUUCUCGAAGUACAAUAAGAAUUUUCGUAUAUUUACGUAAAAACUUUAAAACCCCAAUACUUUAUUAAUCGUCAGUAGAUAAUUCAAUGCAGCUGCUGAGACUGUAAGCUUAACGCUAACCAGUGUCUGUGCACUCCUUUAAUAUACCACCGGCCAGCCAAUGAAUUAUUUAAACGUGGUGACAACCCUAACUGCAGGCAACUGUGCGAAAAACGACCUUAGUCAGUCGUGAUACGGGUGAGCGUUUCCACACUGCAAGGGUUUUUCAAGACGGAGGUUGGGCCAAGAUAUAUAUCUUUUAGACGUAAUAAAUGUUAAGCAAAAUCUGCAGAUUUCGUGUAAGCCUUUUGUGAUUAUUCAAGGUGGCAGCGAGAUGAAAAAUGCAAACACAUUGUAUACAAAGUAAAGAUUAUGUUUACACUUGAA